AUGGCAAGACAGAUAGGAGAGUAUAUUUACGAUAAAAAAAUUGGAUCAGGUGCAUUUGCUCAAGUUUUUCAAGGGUUCUCUUUAAACGACAACAAUAACAAUACCUAUGCCAUUAAAGUUGUAGAUCUCUUAAGGCUGGGUAAUUCUAAACUUAAAGAAAAUUUAAAUUAUGAAAUUAAAAUAUUAAAAGAAUUGGCACAUCCAAAUAUUGUUAGAUUAUAUGAUGUUUUAGAGGACCAACCACCAGAUAAUAAUUCUCUUUAUAUGGUUAUGGAGUGUUGCGAAGGUGGGGAUUUUUCAAAAUAUAUAAGAACACAUAAAAAACUAACUGAAGAGAAGGCAUUGUUUUUUAUGAAGCAAUUAGCUAGAGGAUUAAAGUUUUUAAGACAGAAAAACAUUGUACACAGAGAUUUAAAACCACAAAACUUACUAUUAAGCGAUUCAUCAGAUUUUCCACUUUUAAAGAUAGGCGAUUUUGGAUUUGCAAAAUUUAUUAAUCAAACACAAUUAAGCGAUACAUAUUGUGGCUCACCAUUAUACAUGGCACCAGAAAUUUUAUUUAGAAAGAAUUAUACAGUAAAGGCAGAUCUUUGGUCAGUUGGUGUUAUCCUUUAUGAAAUGGUUGUUGGUGAACCUGCGUUCAAUUGUCAAGCUUUUCCAGAGUUAUUGGAUCGUUUAACAAAUAGAAGAGUUAAUAUUCCGACCCAUGUUACACCAGAUUGCCAAGAUUUAAUUAAUCGUUUAUUACAAAUUGAUCCAGCUCAAAGAAUUUCAUGGGAUCACUUCUUUAAUCACCCAUGGCUUAAUAAUAACAAUAAUAACAAUAAUAACAAUAAUACCAAUCAACAAACCAUACCCUUUCCAAUCCCAAUAAAUAAUAAUAGCAAUAAUAAUAAUAAUAAUAAUAAUAAUUUUUCAUAUUCUCCUUCAAAUGAUAACAAUAAUAACUUACCAUUUUCGAAUAAUAAUAAUUUUUCGCCAAAUGAAAAUAAUAACUACCCUCCAACUUUGAAUAAAUCUAAAUCGUUUGAAAAUACAAACAAUAUUAGAGCUCAUCCAUUCAAAGAAGAUAAAAAACCACAACAACCACAACAACCAAAACCAUCACAACAACCAAAUAUUUUAGCGUCAGAAUUUGAAAAAGAUUUAGUAAUUUUAGAUGAUGGAGAAUUAGAAUCAAUCGAAAAAACAUUAAAGAGAGCAAUAGCAAUAGCAGAGUUGGGUGAUUUGAAACAAGGUGAUCCAUCUGAAUGUAUACCACUUUAUUUAAUAGCUCUAAAUUUAAUGAAAUCUAAAAUUCCACCAAAAGAUCCAUCAUCUUUACCCGAGAAAUUUAAAGCCACAUUCAAAGAAUAUAUAAAGAAACUAGUUCACAUAUUCUCUUCUGCAACCAAUGUAAAAUAUAAUCAAGAUAAACAUAAUGACUCAUUUAAUGCAAAUCGUGUUAUUUAUGAAAAUGCUUUAGAAUUUGGUAAGAAGGGUGCUGUUGAAGAGCUAUACAAGAACUACUCCAUUUCAAUUCAAUUGUAUUCCGAUGCAGUUUUAUUAUUUGAAUAUCUUUUAUCAAUUGCAAACAAUAACGAUGAUCAAGAAAUUUUAAAAAAAUAUUUAAAUGCAUUUUCUGAAAGAGUUCAAGAAUGUAGAAAAAAUGUAAAUAAUAACAAUAAUAAUUAA